AUGGACGGCGGAUACGGAUACCAGAAUAACUCGUACGGCGGAGGGGGAGGCGGCGGAGGAGGAGGGUUUAUGCCGGGCGAGACGAACAGUCCAUCAGGAGGCAAGGGCGAAUCCAACCAGACCCUGCGGCCCGUCACAGUCAAGCAGGCCCUGGAUGCCACCCAGCCGUACCCCGAAGCCAACUACCAGAUCGACUCGGCGGACGCGUCGACGAUCUGCUUUGUCGGUCAGGUUCGCAAUAUCUCAUCGCAGAGCACCAAUGUAACGUACAAGAUCGACGACGGGACGGGCGAGAUCGAAGUGAAGCAAUGGAACGACCCCUCGUCAGCAGACUCGAUGGACACGGAUGAAGCGAAAGAAGGCGACGACGGCGGGUCCGGCAAGCCGAAGAUUGAAUUGAACGGUUAUGCCAAGGUAUAUGGGAAGCUGAAGUCGUUUGGAAACAAGCGCUACGUGGGAGCCCAGGUCGUGCGGCCCUUAACAAACAUCAACGAGCUGCACGUCCACCUCCUGGAGGCAGCGGCCGUGCAUCUGUUCUUCACGCGGGGCCCGCCAGGCCCCAAGACAGAAGCUGGCAGUGGUGGUGCAGUGGGUAAAGGCGGCGAAAUGUCGAUGGGAGGCGGCGACUACGCUGCGGGUAACAACAAGGCCCUCCCCGCCAUGUCGCCCGUGGCUCGGCGUGUGUUCAAUCUGCUGAAGAACGAACCGCAGAGCAACGAGGGGCUGCACAUGCAGCUCAUCGCAGCCAAACUGAACCUGCCGGCUACGGAGGUGAGUCGUGCCGGUGACGAACUGCUGACGGCCGGCUUGGUUUUCUCCACUGUCGACGAAAUGACAUGGGCUAUCUUGGAGUACUAA